AUGAAGCCAAAGAAGGCACAAAUUGAUGAGGUAGAGGCUAAGGCUAUGGAGCAAGUGGUUGCGGCUGAUGAGCAAGUGGUUGCGGCUGAUGAGCAAGUGGUUGCGGCUGAUGAGCAAGUGGUUGCAGCUGAUGAGCAAGUGACCGAGUCGGAUGGGACCACCGAGGACAUAGCUGAUCAGGUAGGAGCUGAGGAGGUUGCUAACCAAGAGUCACCUGCUGGAGUCUUGCAGUAG